AUGAACCUCCGUAAUGAACCUGAACAAGUGACUGCUCUCGGAGAAGAACACCAGAGAGCGGUGACCCAAGAACGGCGUCGAUACGGGUUCAUCCUGGAGAGACAGUGCUCCCUCGCUAAGCACUACCUGGCUUACCACGGGAAGGGCUCCUCGCUCCUGCAGCACACGCUGGACAAGUGGCAGGAGGUGUCCAAGACGCGCGAGACGCUGCCCGACAGGAUCCAGUGCAUGCUGCCCACGUCUCGGCCGAGGGACACGGAAGGGAUCUACUCGACGCCCCUGUGCCUGGACGACGAUGCCAUGUCGGUGACCUCUCAGAUGCGGAAGGCUCGCUCGGUCGACGCCUCCUGCCUCGACCUCAGCUCCAUCGUCGACGAAAUGCCCUCGCGACCUAUCACUCGAGCGCGUUCGGAGUUCAACCUCGACCACCGCACCACGCCGGACACCCUGAUGCACCGGCGGUCCAUGGCCGUCCCCGAAGACAGCAGCCGGCGGGCCAUGGCGAGGGCGCUGUACCCGUACUCGCCCAGCGGAGACAACCAGCUGUCGUUCGUCGAAAUGGACUUGAUUGCCCUGAUUGGCGAGAAGAACAAGGGGUGGCAGUACGGCGAGAACCUCCGCACGCAGCGCUGUGGAUGGUUCCCUGUGGCCUACACCGAGCUCCUGCACGAGGAAGAUGACUCAGCACUCGGCAGCACCAUGGCGUCACAGCUCAACAGUAGAGGUAGUGUAGAGGACCCCCAGCCCACGCCCGCAGGUGCUGAGGAGCCGCCCGCUGGCCCCGGGCUAUCCCAGCACGCCCACGCUCAGCCCUACCACCGAUUCCCCUCCAAACACAGGCCCUCGAUCGCUUCCAUGACUCAGGUCCGAGCCGCUAGUCCCGCCGCCGCCUCCCAUGCCAGUGCCUCCACUUCUGCCUCGAGCGUUCCAGUGCCACAGUCCUCCUCCUCUGCCAAAUCAUCACAUGUAGCCUCCUCCCAGGAAACUCUGAGAACCUGCACCAGCAUGUCCUCCAGCGUGAACACGGUGCUCUUCAACCACGCCAUUCUGGAACCCCCCUCCGCCCGCGUCUCCGCCCCCACCAUCAAGAAAUCGACGAGCCAGCCGCAGCCGCACGCCAAGGCCGGCUCCAACCCCUUCACCUCCAGCGGCUCGCUCACCACCGGCUCCUCCAUGACCCUGAGCCGCUCCUUCACGACCGGCGCCGGCUCCUCCCACCUCUCCACGCGCUUCCAGAAGAGAGGCAGCGGGAACGCGUCCUUCCACUCCAGCGACGACAGCGGCUUCAGCAACGAGAGCGGCAGCAUAAGGCCUCCCAUGAACCCCGAGGCUGACUACUCCGACGAUGAUCUCAACGGACUUGUCCCACAUUCCAUGAACAGCCUCAGUUCCCGCUGGCUGAGGUCCUCCACAACCCCGCCGUUUAACACGGAGCCGGUCUCUCUCCCUUGCCUCCUCAGCCCCGAGUCCUGCCACUCCAGCGACCAACAGUCCUUCCAGUACAUAGCUGGGGACCAGGACGCCACCAUGACGCUUCCGACGCCAGGUCGUAAGAGCAAAAGCGACAGCGUGAAGCACAGGGACCUUUCCCUUCCCUCUCUCUCCAUUGACCACUUCGUGACACUGGCCAGGAGGAAGACCACCCGGGCGUCGCCCUGCGCCCAGAAGAUCGCCGCCCAGAGGGAGCGCGGCCGAAGUCAGGAGAGAGGACGCCGAACCGUGCGCAGGAGUUCGUCGCUCCUCUGCCUCGGCAUGGACUCCUGCCGCGGAAUUCCUGACGACCUUCAGAGUGCUGACUACGAGGACGUCUGGUCUGAGGACUGGCGACAUUCCUCACUCGUUGAUGUGAGUCUAGACAUCCCGGACCCGCCGUCCUUCCAGCCCCCAGCGCCGCCCACGCCCGCCAGCACUAGGCCUACUGUGGAUUACUCGAUCCGGCCGCCGAUGCCUCUGCCUCACGACGACCCCAACCCGUCGCCGAGGUCGUGCUCGAACACCAGGCAGAGUGAGUCGUCUCAGCAGAACUCGAACUCGUCCUCAGGCAACAGCACUCUGACGGGGAGCGACGAGGAGGACAACGAGGAGGAAAUCUACAUGGUCGUCAGCGACCACAGGUGCGAGAUGAGAAAGACGCAGAUGAGGAAACAAGUAUCGCGCUCGCUCACGUGGGCGUCUCCCGCCCAUCGGAGGUCUCCCCCGCCGCCCCCACUGCCCAUGUCCAACCCCCCGUCCUCCGCCGCCUCUUCCACCUCGACAAAAGUCACGCAGAUCAGAAGAAGCCACGCCUCUCCUCGACGGCCCGACGCGAGUCAGCCAAGCAGCGCACCCCACUCGACGCCGCCGUCCCAGGCCGCAGAGACGCCGCCGCUGCCCCCGAGGAGGACGCAGCGGCCCCCCUGCCCCCUCCCGAAGGAAAGCCGGAGGCAGCCUGUGGACCGGCUGCUCAUGCCGUGGCAAUACGGCAGCGAAGUCAACAUCCUCAACUACAGCGACUACAUGAACCGCCGCCUGAAGUAUCCCGAGGGAGUGUCUCGGAUUGACCAGCAGUCGUUCACGACUGGGAACUUAUGCGGCCCGUGGUACGACCUCUGGGCGGACGACCCCUCGGUGGCAGAUGUAUGAUCCCUGUGCCUUUAGGUCGCGGGAAAGACCUUUAGUCACAUUUUGUACAUAUGACAAAACUGCUCACAGAAGGCCAAAAAAGAAACUAGGACUUACAGUGUUCUUGCUGUGCAUGAAUACAGCUCUUUCUUUUUUCAGAAAGUUUUUGUGCUAUAUUCUUGUAUAGAAGUAGAGUCUCUUCUCAUUCGCAAGUUCAAAAGAUUUUGUAUAUAUAUAUAGAAUUUAUUGUGAAUGUAGCCUUAUAGGGACUGUCUUUAUAAUUUUACUCAAUAUUUUUGUGUAUAUUUUAUGCAUAAUAUAUGUUUAAGUUCUGUUUAGUUAAGGAUAUUCAAAUCUGUUUGUUCUACUCACUGUAUAUAGCACGUGUAAUUCCAAAAGUAUAUUUCCCUUAGUUACCCCUUCCUAUGACAGUUUUCUUUGAUCGAUGUUUGCGUAUGUGCAUGGAUAACUUUUAUAUUCCUUUCAAAUUUACUUUUCUUGGAUUGCGUCCCAAUUUCCUUCUUAAUAUAUACUAAUUAUUUCUUGAUAAUUCAUUAUCAUAAAAAUGCAAUUCAUUAAAUUAACUAAUGAAAUUGUUCUAAUUCUGUUUUGUAAAAAAAAAAUGACAGAACACAGAUUACCAAAACUAUUCAUAAGUAACGUCUCAGGCACGUUUGUAAGAUAUUGCCAUCGAUGAUUCUUGUUUUCUAUAAUAAUAUUUUCCAAUCUUUGUGGAACGCCAUAGUGUCACGACGACAUCCAAUUCUUCUUUCAGGGUUUCAGUGGAGAUUCAGCAAGAGCAGGCACGCAAAACCUUAAAUGCACAUAAAAAGAGAGAAAAGAAAACGCAUAGAUAGUGCAGUGUUCAUGGAUUUCAUGAUUAAAUAAUAUCCUGUGAAAAUGUUGUACAGUGUCGAUGUAUUGUUCGCUUUUAUAGUGUCAGAAAACAAACAAUCCUAUCACAUACGUACGUUUAAAAGAAUUAUUCCAUUAUCAUAUAAUGUCUAACUUUGGAAGUAUAGUAAAGUUAGAACAUUAUAAUUUUUACUCUCAUUCGCUGUACAUAUCAUUGCUAUGAGUGUUGCUUCGGCACUAGAAAUAAUACUCAAGACAGGAAAUCUAUUGCUGAAAGGAACAUGCUUGCGGAAUGAAAACAAAACAAAACAAUACAUAUAUCGCAUAAUAUCUGUGAAAAAAAGAAAGUUUAUGAAAGUAUCUGUGUCGUUUGAAGUUUGUGAAUCAACAGAGGCCAUGCUCACUGCGAUACAGUUACAAUGGACUGUGUGGUUUAUCCUACAAUCAACACAUUUCCGACAAAAGUACCUCAGUUGUGAGCCAGGACAAGGACACUGCACGUACUCUAACCUUUUCAAAAGGUAAGAAAAGGAACGAAGAAGGAAAAUGAUAAUAAUAAUAAGAAAUGAUGAUAACAGGAAUCAUGAUAAUAACAAAGGACAAUCACGUUGUGGUCACGGACUAAAGAUUUCAUUAAGAAGAAUUUAUAAAUGGAGAAACCCAAAGGAAAAUAUGUGAAGAGUUGUGUUGUCUUUUCCUGGUGCUUUACAAACCACGAGUUCUGUCUUCCAUCAGGGGCUGUGUGACGUCAUCAGGGCUUAUGUUACGUCAUCAGGGAUUGUGUGACGUCAUAUUAGUAAACACAGCGAAAGACUGGCGUUUGAUUUGGUGUUUUGCAAAGAUAACAGAAAACUGCUACGUUCAUCGCUUCUUUGUGUCGCUUUUUCCACUUCUUUCCACUUCAUUUGUCCAUUUCUUUCUAUAGCUUUUUAUCCUCGUGUAAAUUGUUCUUUGAUAUGUACUUUGAGGGAUAUUAAUAGGUCUAUGAUAAGAAAACAAUACUAAAUAUACAUUAAUGUCACUUAUCAAACCUCAGACAUUCCAGGAAUAUUAAAUGUAAAUUAUAUGAAAUCAGUUAAGGGUUAUGUGUCUAAAAUAGACACCAGAAUAUUGCCUGUGAUCAUAGUACGCUAAAAGAUAAUGCACCUAAAGUGUACUUACAUAUUUUAUCACUUAAACCCAGACCACUUUAAAUUCCGUCAUAAAUGUAUUAGUCUCACCUUAAAACAUUACUUCCCACAGCACUUCAGGUUCCGUUUUCUACCAGUGCAACUCUCACGCGGAGACUUUCACAUCUUGUUGAAUAAUCAGGUGAUCGUCUUAUUAUUGUACAGUUUUAUGUAUAGAUUAACAAAACUAUGUGAAACCAUAUAUUAUAGGUUUCCCAUUCUGUAGAAUUUAGAUAUAAAGGAAAUAAACAUACCCCAAAAGCUCUCUUGUUUUAUUUUUUAUAAAAUUAUCACAUACAAAUCCGUAUAUUUUAAAUGGUAAUAAAUUCUCUAGAUUUUUAAACAACGUAAGGUAUUUGCAACAUAUAUUCCUCUUUAGUCCUAAAACAAAACAACAGAUCAUAACAUUUUCUAA